AUGCCAAAACCCCAAACCCUGAACCCUAAACCCCAUACCCUGAGCCUUGACAGUCCAAGAAAGGUGAUCAAAGCCGGUGGGCACACACUCAUCGAUGUCUGCACUGCCCCACAGAACUUCGAGCGCAUAUCCACUUCGAAGAGCAAGGCACAUUCCUUCGGUUUCCGCCAUUCCAGACAGGCCAUGUGGGGAGACCUCUGGCGCUUCCCGAAGCGCAUUGCCCGACCCGAAGCUCGGGCCUACAUCCCAGAGAAGACGCGGGAGCACCUCGACCGCCUUGCGAAGCGUGCUUGGAAGGCCCUGAAGUGGGAGACGGCAGAGCCCGGCUUCAAUGCAGAGAAGGAGCGCGAUCAGCAAUUCUACGGAAGUUGA